AAAAUAAAACGUGGCUUUCAUGUUCCGUUGUUCUUGAUGUGCGACCCUUGGCCCUCUUCAAAGGCUUAUUCCUGUUUCGACCCUCAAACGGCCGUUACUUUCCAACUGUCCUAACGUGACCCAUUUGAUAGAGGGACUUUGAGAAUUUAAGAGCUCAAUCAAAGAUUGAAGGGUUCAGAAAUGAGUCAAAUGUCAUCUGGAAUUGUUUGUGGUGGCAACAUGGGCACCACCUAUAUGCUCCCAUUAUCAUUGCCAACAUCAUCUUCAUUUGCUUCCUUGUGUUUUAACAAACGCAAGGAGCUGGUGUUGGAUUAUUGGGCACAUAGUAAUAGUAAUCAUAAAUAUGUACUUAAAGGAAGGAGAAGAGGAAAUUGGAUUGUGGCAUCAAGCAACGUUGCUUCACCAUCCAUAUGGGAUGAUUGGAAACCUCUCAAAGCCCCUUCUACUCCUUCCCUCAGUGACAUUCUUUGGCCCUCAGCUGGGGCAUUUGCGGCAAUGGCAAUAUUGGGAAAGGUGGAUCAGUUAGUAGCACCAAAGGGACUCUCAAUUGCAUUUGCUCCUAUGGGAGCUGUUUCUACUGUUCUCUUUGCCACACCCACUGCCCCUUCUGCCCGGAAGUACAAUAUGUUCAUGGCACAAGUAGGUUGUGCAGCAAUUGGUGUUUUGGCAUUGACAAUUUUCGGACCUGGAUGGCUGGCCAGGAGUGCAAGCAUCGCGGCUUCAGUUGCUUACAUGAUUUGCACCAGCUCCCUUCAUCCCCCAGCCGCUAGCUUGCCAUUGCUUUUCAUUGAUGGUGCUAAGUUCCACCACUUGAAUUUCUGGUAUGCUUUGUUUCCGGGGGCAGCAUCAUGCAUUCUGCUUAGUUUGGUGCAAGAGGUGGUUGUAUACUUGAAGCACAACUUCAAAUUUUGACCACGGCACUGCACAUUGAUACAUAUCUUCUGCUAUCUCUGCGAAUUUAAUUUGCUGAAGGGCCAAGAAGAGCAUUCUUUGAUCAGAAUCAUAAUUGUAAGUAGAGAGCACCCCCAACCAAAAAUAAAUUUGUCCUGGAUUUUACAUCAUGAAGCAAGGCCAAAAAUGGAAAUUAAAUGGAUUUUCAUAGUUGCAGCAUAUAUAGUAUUGGUCUUGCAAUGAUUUGACAAUAAUGAUUUGUAAACAUUGUACAUCAAUUUGUGCCUCCUAUUUAGGCACAGUUGACAGUCCAAAGCCAUUUUUAUACAUGUAACUAUGUAAGCGAUCUAAGUCAUCAAAGGCGGGAGCAAAAGUGGAGUAAAAUAGUGACAAAUAAGAAAAUAACAGAUAUCACAUUAUCUAAAAGCAUCACCUGUUGCAUCAGUAACGUUAAUGCCUGCUGAA